AUGGCAAAGUCCGCUCCCAAGGAGCCAGCUGUCUUUACUGAUAGCAAGACCAAACCGGUGAAAACAGGUCGUGUCACUCGACCCAGGAAAACACGUCCAGCGGUAUCACCUACUGGGCUGGAAGCAGCGGUCGUGGCUACUAGUUCUCAAUGCUCCGCACCAGUUCAAGGAGAACCCCCGGCAUGGGCAGAGCUCCAGUGUCGUCCUGAUCUAUGCGAUGCACUUCCCUGGUUCCGAUCUGUUCAAGGUGGUGUGUAUUACACCGGAGGUCUAUGUUGGGGAUUCCUCGUGGACGCGGACUGCGGUGUUCGCUCUUAUAUUGAUGAAGAGGUCGUCAUCACACGGAUCGGCGGUGGUUGCACAAAAGAUGCAGACGGCAACCUUGUGCUUAUAAAGGAUCAAGAUAAUGAUAGCUGCAUUGUGAGCAGUAUCAUAAAUAGCAAGAAUCUCAACGUUCCGGUGGGUAUAAUUAUAGGAGAUCGCAAUGCCCUCCUUGGGAGAAAGCUCCCUCACCGCUAUAAUGUGAUGGCUUACUUCCGUAUCACUGAUUUUUGGUAUGAGAAAAUAGGGAAGAGGGCAGGAGCCAAGGUUCGGUUCGAAAAGUUGGACCUUUCAGACCAGAGCUGGUGGGCAGCCAAAGAUUCGCCCUCACCGGUGCCUCACAGCCAGCGGGAUUUCGACAUAAAACCAGAAACGAUUCAAUGUUCUUCGUGCCUUCAAUGGAGUGCACAAAUAUAUAAUGAAGGAUGGAUGUGCUUACAGACAUCCUGUAAGCAGUUUUGGAUAAUCGACUUGUCUGAUCCUCCUGCGGAUCUGACUUUUCAUCCCAACUUUCUAAAUACUCGUACUCCCCCCGACCCAAACAUACAACCUCAGUAUAACCUUGUCCCUAAUCUACUGGAGACAAUCAGCGAAGAUGACGCAGACACCGCUUCACUGCGGAUUUCGUGGAAAGGCAUUGUAUGCCCACAAUGUUCUAAAUGUAUAUCACGAAGGUUUUGGAGAGGAUGGAAAUGCACCGACGAUAUUGCCCUCACGCCAGGGCAACAGUGCAACGUCUGUCUAUUUGAAAAGAUGGUGAAAAUGCAUCCCAUCUCAUUGCGCUCUGUUCUCGAGGAUUUCGAGUUAGGUCCAAUAAAACGUACCAUAUUCUUCGACUCCAAAUUUGCUGUCCCGGAAGUCGAUGAUCAGUCAUUAUCUCCAUAUAGAAAACUAACAUAUCGGAUUCGAGGCGUGGGCUCUAUUACGCAUUUUGUUUCCAACAAGACUAUCAACAGCCGCGCAAAUGGACCAAAUGACCUUUUCAAACAAUUACAGGUUGCUGAUCUCGGAUUGCGUCGCUAUCCCCUGCAGCAAAGCGUGGUUGCUGGUACUCUUACUGCGCACUUUGCCGUAAACUUUGGAAUGCCGUACAAAUAUGUUGUCUCCGUUGAUUCCAAAGGGUUUAAUGAUGCUUCAGAUGAAAUCUUACGAGCGCUAGGCCGUUUGACAUGGGCCACGAACCAGGCUGUUGUUAGCAUGGGAGACAACUUCCUUCCACCCAACGAGUUGCUUUUACUCGGCUACUUUGAAGAUAUGAAGAUCGGGUAUCAUGAUGAUGGCGAGUCUUCGCUAGGACCAACAAUCGCUACACUUUCCUUGGGUGCGAAAUCCACCAUGUACAUUCGGAUGAAGUACAAAUACUACCACGGGUUUAGCAAGGCCAAAAAAAUUCUCGAAGAUGACCCUGUCCUUCCAGGCUGUCAAUUUGAAGCACAACGACAAGCUCUGAAGGACCAGUUCACAAGGAGUGAAAUAACCAAGGCAGAAUAUGACGAGCGACGCAGGGAUCUCUGCAAGAGAAGCAAGAGCGGCGACGCACCACCUUGGAUUAAGAUGGAGCUUAAUCAUGGCGAUCUAGUUGUGAUGCACGGAGAGAAUUUGCAGAAAUACUACGAGCAUUCCGUUGUACCCGAGAAGAAACUGCGGUUUGCCUUGACGGCUCGAUAUAUAAAACCUGAAUAUGUUGAUGAAAAAGAAUUGAAGAAAGGGGAGUUUACGCUCACACCGGAUCAAAUAUACGAUGGGAAGUGA